CAUUCGGUUUGCUUGGGAUAUGCAGCUGAAGUUGAGAUACCCAAAUUGCAAAUAAGAUUUGCGAUUUGCUGAAAGUGAACUACAGAAAUUAUUCCCUCGUGUGGAUUUCCUUUUCGUCGUUUGGUUAUUGCUGCUGGCUAAAGACGUGAUAACUUCAACAUUUGAAAAUGACUUCAAAAUCCACCGCAAUCAAAAUAAAAGAAGAACCUGGAAAUGAGCUCCAGACCUACUUGGAAUCAUUCAACAGCGAAAUUUCAGAAGGUAACGUCAGCGGUCAGGUUAUACAGUAUCUCAACAGUACUGAAACUGAUGUGGUGAAUAUAAAGAAACAGCCGCAAGAGGAUGAAGAUGCAGAGGAAGAAGAAGAGGAAGGUGGCACAUACUUUAUCGACCAAGCAGGAAACUAUUACUACCAAGCCACUAAGGACUCCGACCCAGUCCUCACUUCACCACCUGAGGAAUUAUCAAAUUACGAAAUCUGCGAUGAUGAAGAGCAAGUCGUGCAUAUUGUAAAGAAGCAGGAGCCCAAGGAGCCUACUCAAAGUAAAGUUGAAGAAUCCGAAGAAGGUGAAAAUGCGAAAGCAGAUGAGGUUCGAUAUGUUGUAUUGAUGGAUGGCCAGGACGGCGAUGGGAAAGACUCGGAGAGUAUAAAGAUUGCCACGGAAGGAGAUAAAGACGAAGUGUUUGAAUUUGAUGAAAACGAUGAAGAGGGGUUAGCUAAGGAUUCAACGGGAAAUCCUAAGCUAAUGAAGAUCAUUAAACAGCAAUAUUCACAGGUCCAUAUGUGCAAUUAUUGCAGUUACACUAGUCCGAAACGCUACCUCCUAGCAAGACAUAUGAAGUGCCACUCGGAAGAGCGACCUCACAAAUGUACAGUCUGUGAAAGAGGUUUCAAGACUUUAGCCUCGCUCCAUAACCAUGUAAACACUCAUACAGGUCAUAAACCCUACCAUUGUAAAUACUGUGAGAGCUGCUUCACUACCUCUGGAGAACUCGUACGACACAUACGGUAUAGGCACACCCACGAAAAGCCUCAUAAAUGCACGGAAUGUGAUUAUGCCAGCGUCGAGUUGAGCAAGUUGAAGCGUCACAUUCGAUGCCAUACCGGUGAGCGUCCUUACCAAUGUCCACACUGCACAUACGCAUCGCCGGAUACCUUCAAGUUGAAGCGACAUCUGCGGAUUCAUACAGGGGAGAAACCAUAUGAAUGUGAUAUUUGCCAUGCGCGUUUUACACAAUCGAAUUCCCUGAAAGCUCAUAAACUCAUCCACAGCGUUGGCGAUAAACCCGUUUUCCAAUGUGAAUUGUGUCCUACAACGUGUGGACGGAAAACCGACCUGAGAAUCCACGUACAAAAACUGCAUACAUCUGACAAACCUCUGAAAUGCAAAAGAUGUGAUAAAAUGUUUCCAGAUCGCUAUACCUACAAGGUGCACGCUAAGACCCAUGAGGGUGAAAAAUGUUACAAAUGUGAUAUUUGCCCAUACGCUUCGAUUUCCGCACGGCAUUUAGAAUCCCAUCUGCUCAUUCACACCGACCAAAAACCCUUCGAAUGUCCUCAGUGUGACCAAGCAUUCCGGCAGAAGCAACUGCUUAAACGACACAUUAAUCUGUAUCACGACAAAUCCUAUACCCCACCGGCACCGCAGGAAAAAACCCAUCAUUGUCCGCACUGCGAUCGAAAAUUCCGUCACAAAGGCAAUCUUAUCCGCCACAUGGCAUUGCACGAUCCUGAGUCGGGAAUUAUUGAGGAAGCUUAUGCCUUGAGGGUUGGUCGUCAGAGACGCGUUCAAUAUAUUGACGGGCAAGAAGUGGAAAUUGUGACUGGAAAUGAGGACGAAGAUGAUGAGGGUAUGGACGAAGGGGAAGAGGAAGAGGAGGAAGAAGAAAAUACAAUUAUUACAACUGAAGAAGUCCAUAUUAAACAAGAACCUGUGCAGCAAAAUUUGCUGGCGGUAAAAGGUUCAGAUGGACAUCAAUACGUAGUUCUGGAAGUUAUUCAAAUGGAUGGCGAUGGACCCAGUCGUACAGAAAACAUGCAGAAUGAGGAAGAGGAGUACAUGUUACCAGCGGAAAUAGCUAGCGACGUCAUUCCUAGUAUGAAUACCAGGAACCUGCGGGUCGAACCACAAAAGCUUCUUCCAGCGGAUAAAAAUGUGGCAACAUGCUUCGGAUUUGAUGAUGCGGAUGAAAACAUGGAGACUGAAACUAUAGGAGUAACCGAGCUCGACCACAACAAACAGACGAUUAAGUUGGAAAUAAAACAAUAGACUGUGUAUAAUAUGUACACAUCCAUUGAAGCAGUGAUAUAACUUUCAAUAAUUUGAUGAGCUUGAUGUGCUUUAUAUAUGCAUAAGAAAACCAAGAUAUUGUUAAGCAUGUAGCUAGCUGGAGUUGAGAACGAAAGUAUGCGCGGAAGAACUCGAUACCUUUUUAUAUAAACCGGUUGUAAGUUGAUCUUGAUAUGAUCUUCAUUUGUUUAGCAUAGAAAUAGUUUGUCACUUGAGAAAAAAGAUAUUGUUCGAUACUAUUUUUUUAAAGUUAAACUUUCCACGAGUUAGUUUCAAUGAAAGUAGCUUUUACGUAAUCAACUAUUUUAAUGUGAGUUAUAUUUCCGGUUUAUUACUGCCAAUAAAACGCACUAGUGAAUAAUGGUACAUA